UUCGAGAUUUCACGAAAGACGAAAAAAAAAGUUGGAAUUUUGGACAAAACCGCGAGCUUUUCACGGCGGAAAGCGUCCUCUCGGGGGGAAGACACCAUAGUCAGCUUCGGGAAACCCAGUGAACGGAAAUCAGGGAUGAAAAUUUGGGUGGAAAAUGUGCUGAAAAUGGAAUCGAGUUUUGUCGUCGGAUUGGACAUUUUGUUGUUGCUGGCUUUGGAGGAAAAGAAAUCCUGACGGGAUUAGACGGGAGUUGUCCGUGGUUACGAAAUUGCACGGAAAUUGUCCUGCCUCAUCACCGCUUACUCACUCCGGGUUGACUCGCGGAAGCACACGCAAGGGGAAGAUUAGUUUGCUGCUGACAGUCGAUCGAAAAGGUGGCGCACAAAUCGAGAGGAGAAGAGGAAGUGAAACAAAAAGUGAUUUUUUUUUGUCUCAAGUCAAGGUGUUAAUUUCGAUACGUAAUUUCUUGGGUAGAGGAAAAUAUUUGGCUUGUUUUGCUGGAUUAACUCCAACCAACCAACCAUGGAAUAUUCUAGCAACGAUGUGAAGCAGAUGUUCAGAUCGGUGUACACGCUGGUCAAGCAGCAGGACGAGCGCAAGGGCGCGCUCACGCUGGCCACGCUGGCGACCGAGCCGGCCUUCCUGGAGGAGCACCGCCAGCUGGUGGCCCGCUGCGUGACGCUGCUGUUCGAGGACUUUGAGACGGUGGGCAAGAAGGCGCGGGAGAUUCUGUGGCGCAAGGGUUACUACGACCUGAUUACGGUGUUCAAGAAGCACGCCCAGCAGCUGGCGCAGCAGAGGAAGUCGGCGCUUCGAGGGGAGGAGUUGGCGCGGGUUGCGGCGGACGAGGUGUUACUGCGGCAGGGCGUUGAGCGGUUGCUGCUGGACGGGGUUAAUCAUUUGAAGGUGAUUGUGCUGCGGCUGGGGCAGAUAUUUAAUCUGGAUCGGCUGCGGUAUGUUGUGAGCUACGAGCUGCUGGAGAAUUAUGAUGAUGAGCUGUUGGUGCGGGAGUCGAGUUGCUAUGAGAAUUUGAACUUGAAGGAGGAACGGAGCGAGGAGGAGAAGAAGGUGAUUUACACCAAGCAGGAGAUUUCGUUUGCGCUGGAGUCGGUGCACGCGUUGCUGACUUCGUUGGGCGAUUUGCACCGGUACUAUUGCGAGUUUGGGUUGGACGGGUUGAGCAACGUUAAGGAGGUGACGGCGAGUUACUACUGGGAGGCGUUCAAGCUGAAUACGAAGGUUGGGAUAACGCAGAACCAGCUGGGGACGCUGUACAACGGGAGGAACUACAACCUGGACUCGGUGUAUCAUUAUUUGUACUCGCUGUGCUGUCCGAUUCCGUUCGAGUGCAGCGAGCCGAACGUGAGCAGAAUCUUCCAGAAAAACAUUCGCUAUCUGGAGUCGAAUGGCGGGGCGGACGUAGAGGAGGAGGACUACGCCGUGCGGGAGUUUAUGGCAAAAUUUUUGCUGGUCGUUGACGUGUUCUUCUACGAUAAGAGUGUGAGCGACUUUACGAGCUUGUGCCACUCGGUGUUGAUCGAUUUCAAGAAUGUGCUGGGGGCGCGUCGCCUUGUAGACGACGAGUACUACAUGACGGACGAGUUCAUCUUCAAGAUCGUGUCGAUUCUGUUCUUCUGCAUGUACCGGCUGCAGCUGAACAGUUCGGAGAAGAUUUACAGCUUGAACGCGUUCAUGGUGGCGCUGUGCUCGGAACUGCUCGAGUACUGCACGAUGGCGGUGGAGAAGUACGUGGUGGAGAACGUCCGCGAGGAUAAGAAGUUCCGCGAGCUGUACACGGCCAUGUACCAGCGGUACGACGACGAGGUUCGCCGGUCUCGGCAGAUGGUGAAGGACGGCACGUCCGGGGGGAUCUUCACCAAGGAUCAGAAGUCUUCUUCGGGUGUGGAGGAGGGAAAUGGGAGCGAGGAUCAUUCCAACAAGGAGAACGACGAGCGCAAGAGUCAGGCCAGUUCGGGCAAGCAGGGUGGAGGCUUGAAGAAGAAGCACGCUCGCAGACGCCGUCGUGCCAUGUCGAACGAGUCCGAGUCGGAGUUGUCGGACGAUACCAGCGACUGCCAGCUUGAUUCGGAUUCCGGCGAGGACGAUGACGACGAGGAGGACGACGACGGUGAUUCUAUUUCGAGCUUCGAGUCGUACGACGAUUUCUCCGACGAAGAGGACGAAGUUGAGCAGCGGAAUGAGUCGUUCGGUGAGCGUAACGGAAACGAACCGGUUGAGUUGCAAAGCGCCGAGGAGGCGAACAACAAUCUGGACCAGAACCAAACCGCUUCCGUUCAGCUCAAGUUCAAGAAGCGCUACCACAAGCUGAACCCGAACGUGGUGAUUGAGUUUGCCGAGCAGGAGCGAACGAUGCGUUCGCUCAAACUCCUGUUCGACUGGCUGCAAACCAACCUGGACAUCCUGGUCGGGUGCUACCAGUCCAACCCGGAGUUCCUGCAUAACAUCAUGAAGCUCCUGAACCACUUCAACAUCGACAUCUUCUCCAACCGCUACUUCUUCCCGCGCGAGCUCAUCACCGCGCCCGCCAUUCGCGAGGACUUCCGCCAGCUGUUUGAGGCCCGGCGCGGUAUCCCGCUCCAGGAAGACAUCGCCAUGAAGCGGUUCCCGCUGUUCGACGCGGCCCAGGAAGGGCUUGACUGGGAAACCAACUACCGCUUGGGCGUGACUCCGUCGGAGCAGAGCUUCCUGCGCGUCAUGAAGCUGGUCGACUUUGGCUUUUCGCUGUGCAAGUCGAAGAAGUUUGAGUACGCGUUCUGUCCCAAGUCGCGCGACUUCAGCCUGAAGAGCACCAAGCAGACGAAGCAGCAGCAGCGCGGCGGCAAGAGGGAGGAGUUGAAUAGGCGGGUCGUUGGAGGGCCGAAGGAGAUGGGGACGAACCGCGCGGCGCGUCGUCGUGAGCAGCAGGAGGAGAAGCGUCGCGCCAAGAAGUUGGUGCAGCGGGAGGAACGUGGACAGCGGGAGCGUGAGCCCAGGACGCGUCGCAAUCGUAACCGGCAGAACGCUGGAAGAGUUGGCGGGUUGGGAUCCGGUGGUGAAGGUCAGCGUUCGAGCCAGGAAGGUGAGGGCAAGUUUGCAGCGCCAGCGAUUAUCACCAAGAAGGGCUACCUGAAGAACCGCGGAUUGACGCUGCGCAACCGGAAGGAGCCGGCGGACUCGGGCCACUCGGAGAGCACGGCCGACGAGGGUGGAGUUGUCGCUGGACAGCGCGGCGAGGAGAAGAACAUCAACGAGCUGAUGGGACAGCUUUGGCUGCGCGACGAGGUGAAGAAGCUGGAGACCAAGGUGAAGCGGGAGGUCAAAAACAUUACGCUCACGCCGUAUCUGAUGCUGGACUCCGCUUGUCUGACCGAGUACACGUCCAUCGUGAAGAACCUGGUCAAGACGAAGAAGUUUGUCAUACUGAUUCCGACGGCGGUUCUUUCCGACUUGGACGAGCUGAAGAAGCACAGCGAGGGAGCUCGCAACGCCAUCAAGUGGCUCGAGUUCGAGUUGAGCAAGGGCAACCGGUUCCUGCGCUCCCAGAAGAGCCACGAGGUGCUGCCAAUGCCGUUGAUCCGCGUCCCGAAGAAGCUUGACCGCGACGGCGCCCUCUUCCACCAGAUCGUGCAGUUCUGCAACCACCUGGUGUCGAACCACGCCGACCAGGAGAGCGGCCCCGCCGACAUCAUCACGUACCUGUCGGGCGACUCGCUGCACGACAAGAAGCUGUACAACUCGAGCUACGUCGGCAUCCUGGAGGCGAUCCCGGUCAAGUUUGAGCAGAUCGUCACGUUCUACGCGAGCUACAAACGCAAAUGAACAGCGGCGCCGUCAUCGUGGCGCUCGUAACCUCAAACUCCAAUCGGAACUCGCGCAGAAAGGCAAAAUGCAACAUCAACACACACACACUCUACCAAGCAAUCAAGCAAAAAGGAACCCGGUCCGCGUUUGUCCUCGCGCACGUGCGCGUCGUUUGCUCGAAUGGAAAUCCGCGGCCGCCAAAGUGGUGCGGUCGGCGGAGGAGCAGCGAAACGUGUGGGAUGCGGUGGUUGCUUUUUAUAAGAUAGAGAGAGAGAGAGAAGUUUAAAAAUCAACAUCAGCGGCGGUGGUGGCGGCGGCAACGCUGGCGAGCCACAGGAAAAGCAUAAUUCUUUCAUUUAACAGGGUGCGCGUCUCCAUCAAAAAGUGUCCCAAAAGCAGAAGAUUUGUAACGUUGAACAAGGGUUUCGACGGUCAAGCGAAUCAUCUGCUGGAUCGCGGAUCAUUUUGGACGGGAGAGCCGCCUAGAAGUUACUAUCGUGUUGGUUGAUAUCUCUGUAACACAACGCAAUCAAGCAAAUUCUUUCAAGAUGUUCAACAAGAUGGAUUCGUCAACACCAACCCUUCAUCGUAACAACAGCAAACAGCGGUUCCAACGCCUUGUUGCAGCGGAGAAAACAACUAUGUUUAAACAAACAAACAAAAAACGAAGCUAUCAGUAUAACAAACAUUAUCGACAGUACUGUUUUGAGGAAAUAUAACAAAUGACAAACUAAAUUAUUUGGUUCAUCUGGUAGACUCUAAUUUCUGGUUAACUCAAUUCACACAACAACAAUAAAGCAAACAAAUAGAAAUAAAACAGCAGCUGAUGGCAUCGUUUAAACCGUAGUUUAACAGUAUUCUCAUAAUUCGCUUAAAAACAGUGGCUCCAGGGUUUGUUUGUUAGGUGCAUCAAACAGUGUUAAUAACGCAAAUGUAGCAAUGCAAAAUUGGUUGUCGUUUUGAAUCGUUUACAAAAAAACUCUUGACGCGUCUCCCUUCAAAUUCAUUUGAAGGGUACGCUUGGUUA